ACGACCAUUCCCCUAAUUUCAAUAGCCAAUUCCCAUAAAAUAUUCAUUUGAUGUUUGAUGGCCACUGUUUGAAGAAAUGUCAAAUUCACUAGCAAAUUGCGUUGUGUCAAGAACCUUUAUGUGUCUGAGAAAAAUCGAUCUACUGUUCAGAAGUUCAGCAACCUCCUUGACAAGAAAUGCACUCUCUAGGACCAGCGUCUCGAGUCGAGUUUCGACCGGCCCUUUGAGUCGCUUCUACUGUAGCUCAAGUAAUAUGUUCCAUGCUCGUAGGGCGCUCAUGUAUGUACCGGCAUCUGACAAGAGGAAGAUAAACAAGGCUGCUUCACUGUGUGUCGAUACACUUGCCUUCGACUUGGAAGAUGGAGUGGCUGUCAAUCAGAAGGAGAAUGCCCGGCGAUCAGUUGGGAGUGCUAUAGCUGGCUGUCGCUCAGUCGGCUCUAAAGCGGAGCUUGUCGUUAGGAUUAACGGGUUUGAGAGUGGACUGGUGGAUGACGAUCUGGAUGCAGUGUACUCCGGGUCACAUGACAGUGGAGGGGGGCUGCCAGAUGCUAUUAUGCUGCCAAAAUGUGACACACCGGAACACCUAGCUGAGCUGGACCUGGCUUUGAGUGUUCACCACGAAGGAACCACCACUCCAGUACCUCUGAUUGUGAUCAUUGAGAGCCCUGUGGGUCUACUCAACUUGAGAGAAGUGUGCCAGUUUGGAACUCAGUCUGCCAGACAUCUACGCCUCAGUGCUCUCGUGUUCGGUUCAGACGACUUCUUGGCCACACUAGGAGGUACUAGAACAAAGGAUGCAUAUGAAGUGCUUUACGCUAGACAGAGUCUUGUGACCCACGCCAAGGCUUUUGGACUCGACGCCAUCGACCUCGUGGAUAUUGACUACAAAGACCUUGACAGUCUCAGAGUCCAGUCAGAGGAAGGUGCUCGUAUGGGCUACACAGGGAAGCAGGUGAUCCACCCUGAUCAGGUGCCCAUCGUACAGGCUGCCUUUUCCCCGUCCUCCACUCAGACCAAGUGGGCCACAGAACUCAUUGAAGCGUUUCAUCGGCAUCAGGAAACUGGCAAGGGAGCGUUUGUGUUUGAUGGACGUAUGAUUGACAAGCCUCUGCUCCUUCAAGCUGAGAACAUUGUUAGACUGCAACACGCCAUUUCUAACUCUAAUAGCUAGUCAGACAUUUUCCACUCUAUUUUCAUUAUAUAUAUUUCAUUGAACACGAACUCUGGUUGUGUUUGUUACGCAAUAAUAAGAAUUUUUUCUGCUUAUAAAAA